AUGUCUGUGGGUAAAAUUAUAUUAUUCUUUGCUUUUGUAAUAGCAACGAAUGGUUUUCUACCCGUCACGGCUGAAAAGUUUGAAUGUCCAAGUCCCUGUCGCUGCAGUUCCUCUUUUUUCGGAGUUACAUGUCCCGGGAUGACUGAAUUUCCUGACUUUGCCUUUGCUGCUCGUGUCAAGUGGUUGUAAGUAAUGUUGUUUUUGCAAAAGGUUUUUUUAUUUGUCUCUCUUCCCUGCUUUUACUCGUUUUCCUAACGAAUCGCGCUCUCUCCUCAGAGACUUAUCUGACGGGUACAUCAAGAAGAUAAGAAAGGAAAGUUUGAAGGCAUACGAGAAUUUGCAAUAUUUGUGAGUAAUGUGGAAGAAAAUCUUAGAUCAAUUUUUACCUUAGUCGUUCACUUUUUCUCGCGCUUCAGGUUACCUUCGCUCUUAUUAGCUUUUGUAAUUACUUUGGAUUUGGUUUUAAAACAUACAGCACUCAAAAUGAAAAGCGCUCUUACCUGGAAUAAAUAGAGCGCAUUUCAAUUGAGACAGUGAGUGUUCUGAAACCAAAACCAACUUUGACACAACGAAAGAGACAUCACAAAGGGCCAAUGCACAUAACAUAAAAUCAAGUAAACUGACAAAAGGGCGGAAAAAAGAGAGCUACAUCUGAUUGGUUGAGAGAGGAACGCCAGUUUUGAAGGCCAAUCGCGGGGCCAAGCGCGGCAAAGUCUGGGUGCGCAUCCUCUAAUGAUGACUUGGCUUUUAACUGAAUCAUUUACGUUUUAUCGAAGGAACCAGAAAGUAUGAGACGCCGACAACAAAAAUUUAAGUCAAGAUUGAGACUAUUGACGGAUCGUUCUGAUAUGAAACACCGAAAAAAAAAACCGUUAACCGAACUUAACACUCAAAGCAUGCAGUUAACAAUAUUAAGACUUAGAGCCAUGACAAGUUAUGCAUAAGCUGCAGUCGAGUUGGUCCAGCGCACGGGGAGAGGGGGGAUGGGAAGAAAAGGCAAGAGGGAGAGAUGGGGGAAAGGGACUGUGGCCAUAAAGGUUAUGAGUAGUCCCCCCUUUUCGCUGAGGUCUGUCUAGCGAGACAAAAAAAUCAGUGUAAAAAGAUGAUAAAAUGAAAACAAAUGGGAUUGAGGUGCACGAAAAGAAGUCGUGCGUCUUGCUCCCAGAAUUCCGCACAGCGCGCAGACAUUAAUUUUUUUGCCAAGAUUUUUUUGAUCGCCUGGCGGAUUUCGGUGAAAAGGAGGGGCUGCUUUCAAUAACGCAGUGAUCGCGAAGAUCUUUUUUGGGAGCACUUUGCAUCAAGGGUUUUUUUCCUCAUUAAAUCAGUCAUCGGUACCCUGUCAUUAAGAACGACGUCCUGUGUAUAUAUUUAUCGAUUUUCUUCACUUUGCAAAUAUUUCCAAAAUCAGGCCAAUCUGAGCUGUACAUUCAAUAUGGCUGCAUGCAUCUAUGUGAAAGGGGGUAAAUUACAAAUCAGGAUGUUUCAAUGUGCGAUGUUUAAUUUACAACUUUCAGGGAUUUAAGAGGAAACGAACUGAAAGAUGUUGAACGGGGUUUAUUCAGUGAGAUGGGGACAAUAAGGAGAUUGUGAGUAUUUUAAAAGUAAAUAAAUAAAUUUAGGGAAGGGAAGCGCGCGAAAGUAGAGUCACUACUUUAUGCGCGUCUCACUCUCUGACCCAGAGUCCUGCGCGGCGCGUACACGUUUACGUAAGUUUUUUUCGUUACCCAGAUUUUUGCAGACUUAACCUUCGAUUUCGAAACAAUGGAACUGCUCGUAGUCUUUUAGCAAACCAAAGAGUUCUGCUCAAUAUUGGUUUGCAUUGGUAAAAAUAUGUGUGUGCAAAUGGCAAACCAGCAUAUAUUAAUUAUUAAUUUGUCUUAUGGGUGGAUUUUUUAUAAGUGAGUUUGCAAAAUUAUGUUUGCGCGCCGUUCGGAACUCUGGAAGUGAGGCGCACGAAAAGUGGAGCAAACACCUUUUUCUUUUUCUUUUUUUUUUUUUUGGUUCUUUUUUAAUUCGCGCGAUGGACUCCUCUGAAAAGGAAGGAGCUUGUAGCUCAUCUUUGAUAUUAAUCGGGUUUUAGCUCUUGUCACCUGGCAUUUUAGAUGACAGAAUUUGCAACCCUAUCAGUUGGCUUAAAAUGAAUGACUUUCCUUGUAGGUACAUUGACAAAAAUCCUUGGUCAUGUAACACAUCUUCUCUGGAAGUCCUGCAAAAUGAGUUGAUUGAUCUCAUUGAAAAAAAUCAACAUCUUGACAACUUUGAUGGAGGAAAAAUAAAAUGUUUUGGUCCACCAGAAAUGAAAGGAAAGAAGCCUCUUUACUACAGAAAUAGUAAGAAUAAAAAACCUUACUCAUAACUAAAAUAAAAUGAUCUUAAUAAGUGGUACUUUGACCUCAGAUGAGAAAUUAUGGGUUUUUAAUUAGGAUGACUCUCGCCUUAAUGAAUGCACAACACAAUUAUUAACUGUUCUUCCAAGUUCAAGACAUUUACCCUGAACAUAUUUGCCCAGAUCAAGACCCAUCUUCAUCUGCGUGUAUACUGGAUCAGUUGAUCAAAUUAUCGAUUGUAAUAAUUAUUGACUUUGCCAUACUCACAAAGAAAUUUUAAGUCUGAAUUCAAGUUUUAAAUUUAUGGUUAAAAAAGACAGAAUAACACAUAUUAUUGUAUAGUCCUACUAUCAGAGAAUUAAAAAGAUAAGUGUCACAAAAAGAGAAACAUUUUCUUCCUAUGAAAACAAUGCAGAACAAAGACAUGUUUGUGUUAAUCUUUAUAGAGCAGUCCAGGACCAAAUUGGACAAAAUGAAUGACUCAAUUGUAUAUUUGCUGUUCUCUGAGUAUAUAAUCUAUAACUAUAAUCUGUGUAUACAAUGGAUGUAAUAUUUCACAAUGGUUAUCUCUUUUCCUCUACAGCAACAGCAGCUCAGGCUCGCUUUUUAAUUCACAGUUCCAAAGCCAACUCAGGCCUGUCAUCUCCUGCAGUUGUGAUAAUUCUUAUGGUAAUCAUGGUGUUACUUUUCAUAGCAGUGGUCUUGUCUAUCAUGAAAAUAUAUGGGGAAAAACUUGUUGACAUGAUCACGUAAGUGAAACUUUUUAUUAUUUGCUAACAUUUUUCUUAUAGCUCUUGACCAGUCAAUUGACAAUGCAUAGAGAGGUUUCAAAGUGUAGUGCAGGAUUUCUGCAUUGCAUUCUCUCAAAAGUAAGCUCUUAACCCCUUAACUCCCAGAUCCAAUUUGUAAUUCUCCUUACUGUCAACCAUACAAUUCUUAUGAUGUUAGUUCAGAGAAUUUGGUAUUGGAUCAACUAAUUAUCCACAAAUUGAUAUUUUUCUUUAUUCUCAUCACUUAUCUGGUUGAUAUUGUAUUAACAUUGUAAGGAGAAAUUCUUUCUUGGUCACUCAUGAGAGUUAAAGAGUUAAGAGUGUACUGUAUAUGCCAGUUUCUAAGUGACUUUUUUUUAAGAUAAACCAUGAGACAGUCCAUGCAUAGAAAACCUCUGAGCAUUUUCCAAACUGCUCAAAAGUGUGCUAUGACACUCACAAGUAACCAAGUAACCCCACGAAAAUGAAUUUUCUGAGAAUAAUAAAAAAAUUGUAUGAACUGCCAGCGAUUUCAUGAUUGUCACUUCUGAUGAUAUGAUAGGUUUUCAAUUUGCAUAAGCCUGCAUCUUGUGCAAUCGCAAAACCGCCAUAUGUAUUAUAAGCAAUAUUAGCAAUGAGCACCCUUAAGUAAGUCAUGGAAAGUUUCUUGGCUUGUAUAAAGUUUUGAAUGCAAUGGUCUCGAAACUCUCCAACUAGAGCCUUACUCGUUUGGAUAGGACUUUAAUGAAUCCACAAAUUGCCAGUAUUAUAUAAUAGUUCCUUCUCAAGGCUUUUGGGCUAUGAGACAUUUGGAAAGGUAUAAAGAAGCUGUCAUUUUAAGCUUUGGUAUUUAGUUAGAAUCACUGUGUUUCUUUUUAGGGACUUUUGGGAGCGCGGUUCCACAGACGAUGAAAUGGACAAAAUGGAAGCUGGAGAGUUAGAGACCAAAACUCUUUUGACAGAGAGUAUGAGAAAGAGAAGACGCAAGUCCAGAGCAAUCCCUGAAGCAAACACCAACACCUCAAGUUCUGAUGAGGAUGAGAAUGCAAAACAGACCAGACAUACUGAGAGACCCAAACCCCAAAAAAAGAAACCACGACCGCAAUCGGGAGGGUUUACCAGUGAGGAUGGUAGCAGUGGAGAAGAACAGACAGGUCUGCCUACUGUGGUUAAUCCCACCAAGGAAUGGAAGCAAAAAUCUGGUUGGUUUUGUGAGGAUAGCUUUGACACAGACGAGAGUGGCCACUCUACAGUUGUUGACCUGGAAGAUUAUCUCAAGGACAAACUGAAGGAGCAAAGGCGGCAAUCAUGUGGGUUUACCAAAGGAGAAACCAGCAUUGCUGCAAAUGAGAGUACUCUUUCUACUUUAUUUGGUUUGGAGGAUUACCUGAAGGAAAAGAUGAAGGAGGAGAAAGGACAGCUUUGUGACCUUGAGGAAGCAAACAGCAGCAUUGAAGAGGACUGGAAGUUUACCACUGUUGAACUUUACCUGGAUUAA